GAAAGACAGUUUGCUUUUCCGGUAAGCCACAAGCCAGGAACACGAGCCAGGAACGAAAGAUCCCCGCCGGACGCUAACUACCAUAUUGUAGAUUUCGAUGGCACCAUCUUCAUGCAAGACACGGGCCAUGUGCUCGUCGACAAUCUAGGCUGCGGAUCGAAGCAUCGGCAGCUCAUUGAGGAGCAGAUCAAGUCGGGGCAGCGGUCCUUUCGCGAAGCCUCCGAAGAGAUGUGGGGUUCGCUCCAGGUUCCCUUCGAGUCUGGGUUCGAAGUCAUGGAGAAACAACUAGAGAUGGACGAAGGCUUCCAAGAUUUUCACCAAUUUUGCAUUGAUAAGGGUAUUGAUUUCAACAUCAUUAGCGCCGGGCUGAAGCCUGUCCUACGGAAGGUGCUGGACACUUUCCUUGGAGAAGACAAGUCUUCGAAAAUUCAAAUCGUGGCCAACGAAGCCGACAUCGGUAGCGAUGGGUCGCAGUGGAAGCCCAUUUGGCGACAUGAAACUGAACUGGGUCACGACAAAUCUAUAUCCAUGAAAGAGGCUCGUGCAGAGGCUGCGGCAGAUUGCAUCGACGGCGAGAUUCCUCUCAUUAUUUUCAUCGGCGACGGUAUCUCUGAUCUGGCAGCAGCUCACGAAGCAGAUGUUCUGUUUGCACGGAAAGGUCUUCGCUUGGAGGAAUACUGCAUCGAACACAAGAUUCCGUACAUUGCCUUUGAAAGUUUCUCGGAUGUGAAAAAGUCUUUGGAGAAGAUCAUCAAGGAAGACGAGGAGAAGACCGGUGGCGUGGGAACGCCGGCGCGGUUUAACCCGCGUGCUAAUAUGUGGAGACGCAUCUCCAGCAGACAAGCGGUUCCUAAGCUCGUUGCCGCGACACCGAAAGAAGAGAAGAUGAUGUUCUGGCCUGAGACCUUCUCCGAGUAUCAGCCCAUGACCGAUGCGAAAAAGGUGUCCACUUAGACUUUGGUGUUAUAGCUGGGUGUAGGUCCAUUCACGUUGGCGUUUUUGGAACAUACCCUAAGGAGUCUAUUUUCUUGAUUAGAUAGAGUACAAAUUAUUCUUCUAUGUAUAUACAUAUUAUAAAUCUUGUUCAUAUCAUCGUUAUGCGGUCUCUAGACAUGCACCG